AUGGCCCUUCUUCUCACGCCCAGGGACCGGUACGCCGACGAGGCCAAGGCCCCUCAAGCCUGCGCUAGCUGUAGAAAAAUGAAGAGGAAAUGCGACAAGUCCCGUCCUGCAUGUGGGCUCUGUGUCCGCAUGGAGCGCCGGUGCGAUUACGCCGAGUCGUCGCCGCAUCCUGCGCCGACCGCUGACGACUUCGCCGCCCUGCAGCUGAAACUGCUAGAGCUUGAGAGCCGGCUGAACCAGGCCGGCGGCACUCCCAGCGCUUCCGCCACGAAUGCGGCUGUAGGUGCGACUGGCCCCGAGGACCGAUACAGUCUUGAUCCAGGGUCGGGCCCGGCCUCGGGGUCCGGCGGUCGUGACAGCAGCAUGGAAGACACGCCUAACACCGCGGCGACGUACGCGCCGCCGCAUCGCUCUGGGAUCAAGCGCCCGCGGCGCAAGCAACUAGGCGACGGUGCCGCAGUGCAGCAGACCGUCAACGCCUACUUCUCCAAGACACACGCCUGGCUCCCCAUCGUCUCCAAGAAGCGUAUGCACAUGGGAACCGCCUUGGCCCAGGGCGGUCCGGACCUGGCCAUGCUCUUCCUGGCCAUGAAACUUAUGAACACCCGCCCCGUUCCCGGCGUCGCCACCGCGCACCUCGCCGUCUACCGCGCCGCGAAGCGCUUCCUGUCGCAGCUGGAGAACGGCGGCGCGACAUCGCUGAUGGUCCUGCAGUCCAUGGUCCUCGUUGCGUACUUCGAGUACGCGCAUGCGGUGUACCCGGCCGCUUGGGUCUCCGUUGCGUCCUGUGUGCGGUAUGCCGAUUUUCUCGGGCUGCCGGGGUUCCAUGACGGCAACGUCUUGUUGAAAUCGCCGACGACGUGGACGGAGAUGGAAGAGCGGAAAAGGACCUGGUGGGGGAUCCUCGCCCUCGACCGCAUCAUCUGCCUCGGCAACAAGAAGCGCUAUCUCUCACCCGAGCCGCAAGACAACGAGACCUUCCCCGUAGACGACGAGGCCUGGGUACCUUCUCCCAUUCUUCAUCUCCUCCCUUCCACACGUAACUCCGAGGAGAAAGGCUGA